GCCGCCAUGGAGCCCGGGCCGUGGGGCGUGGGCGAGGAGACGGCCAUCCUGCACGGCGGGUUCCUGCUGGCCGCCCGCCGCACGCAGCCGCGGCCGCUGCGGGAGCUGCGCAAGGCCGACUGGGCGCGCGCCGGGCCGCCCGUCACGGACGCGCUGCGGGAGAUCGGCGCGCGCUGCCCCGAGCCGCCGCGCCGCGCCCGCCGGAACGAGGAGGCGGUGGCCGUCGUCUGGGCUAAAGUCCUGCUGCCCGACCCGCCGGCCGCCUCGCUGGAGCGCGACUGGAGGGAGGACGGCUUCUUCUCCGUGGGCGCGAUGAUCCCCGACCUCAACCGCACCGUCCUGUUCGAGCUGGCCAAGGCGCUGGGUGCCGCCCGGCCCUUCGUGCGGCUGCUGCGGGCCCUGCCCCGCGACGUGUGCCGCGCCGAGCUGCGGCACCUGGCCGAGUACGUGGCCGACGAGACGGCCCCGGCGGACGUCGGCUUCUUCUUGGACGUGUGGUGGGAGCUGAUGAAACACAAGGAGGGGCAGGAGGACGCGACAGCGUCUGCUUUCGGCUCUCUCAUACGUCAGCACGGGUGUGAGUCCUCUCUGGAAGAUGGUGUCCAGCCCCCAAAGAGGUUCAAGGGCGACCCUGGCUGUGUGGAUGACCCCGCUGCUGCUGCCACCACCCUGCUCCCGGUGCUGAUGGAGGGGCUGAAGCAGACCUACGGCAGCGUCACCCUGCCCCGCCACAAGUGCUACGCAUUGGCCAACCUGGUGGAGCUGCUGUCUGUGUUCAGCGAGCUGGAGCCAGAGCACAAGCCUGUCCCUGUCAGUGAGUACCUGCACAGGGUCAGCUCUGUGGUCAGCCUCUGGACCAGCGACACCCAAAGCGAGUUCCACCACGCUGGGCUGGAUGAGAAGGUGAUGGAAGCAGAAAGAAGCAUGAGCCUCUCAUCUCUGGCCAAGCUCUCUCGUGAGGAGCUCCUUGUUGGCUUGGGCUUUCUCUGCAGCUUGUUGCGUGCCUGGGGAGAGGAGCUACUAAGCACCCUGAACAGCUCUGAGGAGCUCUGCUACGAGAGCUACCGGCUCCUGGACACUCUUACCACCCUUGGGAAGAACCUGGUUUGCUUCUCAGAGACUAGAGACUUGGGUGAGGAUGAGGCACAUGUAGUGUUGGAGCUGGCACAGAUCACCAAGGACUUUCUCAAGGAGAUCAGCACCAGCCUGAAGAGCAGGCCUUUGGACACCAGCCUUGUGUCAUCUGUUGCCAUGAGAAUCAUUGAGCAGAGGCUGGACCGGCACGUGGAGAUGUGCUCUGUUUUUGUUUCUGAAACGUCCUGGGCCUUUUCAAAGGACUGGGUUAACUGCCUUGUGAAAAAUAAAGCUCUCUUCCAGAAACCAGAGCUCCUUUUGAAACUGCUGGAGGUGCUGGUAGACUUUGCCACGUCCCACCAAGACAAGGAGGCCCGAGAGCUGCAGUUACAAGUGUCCAAAACCAUCAUGGACUGUUACACUGAGCUUUCCUUAACUGACAAAAACACAGUGAUCUCAGGUGUCCUGGAGUCCUGGGGUGGACCAGGUCUGUCCCAGAGCUUGCAGGUUGUCAUGGAGGGGUUCCAGGAGGAUCUGAAUGUGGCUUUCAACCAGAUCACAAAGAGCGUGUCUGAUGAAGGUCUGACCAGGGCUGUGGCUUCUGUGGCCAGGCUCACGCUGCUGCACCCAGAGGCCACAGUGAAGCAGGUUUGUAAUCUUGCUGUGGUCAAUGUUGGAGCACACCAGUUCCUUGCACAAAUCCUCUGCUCCCUCCCAGCACUGAGCUUCCUGGAGACCCACGGUGACCCAGGAAGGCCACGCAGCCUGGUGCUGAGGUGUCUGGAGGAGGCAGUGUGGGGAAGGCUUUCCACUGCGAGGGAAGAGGAGCAAUUCCUUGAGUUCCUGGACUUCCUCAUGCAGCCAAGCUCGGGUGUCCCACUUGUGUCACCUGCAGAUGUGACCAAAGCUUUUGUCCUUCCCUGUUUGAAAUCAGACUCUGCUCAAAUUGAGCUGAGCCUGCGGAUCCUCAGUAAGGUUUUGGGCAUGCAGUCCUCUUCAGAAGAGCACUGGAUCAAGUCCUGUCACCCGUUCCCACUGAUCCUCAGCCUCUGCAAACUCCUAGAUGGUUAUACAAAGUACUGGCAUCAGCCUGAGGGCCAGCUCUUCCCUUCACUGGAGACUAAAGACCUGAUACUGAACGUGCUUUGCCAGCUCUGUGAGGUGGUGAGACCAGAAACCUCCCCUUCCCCUGAGCUGUGGGUGCAGUCGCUGGCCUGGCUGCACAGGAAGGUGGCCGCGCUGGACUGGACCGUCGGUCUCCGGCUGAAGAAGCUUUACGGAGACCACUUCAAGAACGAGGUGCCAGUGACACUGUUUGAGAUCUGCAGCCUUCCUGAGGAGGAGUGGACGUCCCAACGCCUGGCAGCCUACGGGCCAGGCAGCGGGCUGCUGGCGUGGAUGGAGUGCUGCUGCGUGUCCGCGGUGCUCAGCCACACCAUGCUCACGCUCCUCACGCUCGACGUGGGCAACCCUGAAGAAGUGAAUCUCUUCAGCAAAGGCUUCUUGGUGGCCCUGGUUCAGGUCCUCCCAUGGUGCAGCCACAGCGAGUGGAAGAGGCUCGUGUGCGUGGUCGAGGAGCUGCUGCAGAGACAAGUGCUGCACGUGCCGUACACGCUGGAGUACGUGCAGCACAUGCCCCUGCUCAACCUGCGGCCCUUCGCCCGCUGCCUCCAGCUCUCCGUGCUCUUCCUGCGGGGCUUCCAGCUCCUCUGCGGCUCCAGCUGCUCUAGCUGGCUCCCGCCACAGGCUUGGCUCCACGUGGUCCAGCUCUACUGCAGCAGCCUGACCGACUUGCUGGGCUCCCUCAAGAGCCCCUCGCGCUCCCCCUCGCAGCCCACCGAGGCUGUGGCCUCCACGCAGGAGCCGUCCUUCGUCUGCAUCCAGAUGUUGUGCCACCUGCUGCACGUGGCUGCCAUGCUGCCCGCCGGGGCCCGCAGCGACCCGCUGCUGGUGCUGGCCCUGGAGAUCCUCUCGCAGUACGAGGCCUUCAGCAGCGCCGACACGGCCCCCAGCGCCGCGCUGCGCCGGGCCAACGACAGGCACUUCCUCGAGUCCAUCACGGACAACGUGGGUGACCAGGCCCUGCGUGGUCCCCUCCUGCAGAAGCUCAGCAAGCUGGGAGCCUGAGGGGCUGCAGAGGACAGCGCUGACCCCGCUCAGGACACCCCUUCUGUGGAAAGCUGUAAGAUCUGUAAUAAAGCUCAUCUGUUUCUCA